AUGCCAGGCUUUGCUGAUUCUUUUUGGUCGGGGGACUACGCCGGAGGGCUGGGGGUCUUGUUUGGGAAGCUCCAACAGGGCGUUAUAGAAAAUCAGCAGGUUUUGACGAUUGCAAAAAUGCGAGCUGAUGCAGAGGAAAUGUACGGACGAAGACUGGGAGACAUUGCGCCAACUACAGACAAAAUGACGGGUGGGUUUGCUAGAGACGAUGGAGCAAGCCUACGCAAAGCUUACGAGGGUGUGCGGGGGGAAAUGGAAGAAGCUUCGAAAAGUCACAAGAAGAUCGCGUCCAAUAUCAGCGAAUUGGUUGUAUUACCGUUCAGUCGAUGGUGUGAAGCUCACGAGGGCCGCGUCCAAAGCUCUCAAGAUGACCUGCAAUCUCGGAUGAAAGCACACGACAAGCAGGCCGAAUAUGUCAGGAAACUGAGAAGCGCAUACUUCAACAAAUGCCGCCAGCUGGAGGAUUUAGAGGAGGAAAAUAAGCUAGCCUUUCAGAGCCCUGAAAAAACUGACAUGGCGAGCCCCAAAAGCCUGGCGACACCCAUCAUUAGAUUGCCUGAGGCCCAGGAAACCGAAGAGCAGGAGCCUUUAGAAAUUGGAGAUGAGACUUACGACCCUGAACGAAUCAAGAAGAUGUUGACGCACAUGCUGAACACGAUCAAGAUAGGCGAAGCCAAAGUGCCUAUUCUCGGUGUCUACCAGAAUGUUUCUAUAGGAUCUGAUAUCACCGAAUACAUACAGAAACACAUGGGUGCUACUAGUGUUAGUCAUGCGGAAAGAGUUGGUCAGGAUCUUGUCACGAAUGGUUUUUUGAGAUUGAUAGGGGUUGUGGGGAGCACCUUCGCAAAUAGCUCAAAGAUGAACUAUCAAUGGCGGCCAAAGGUAUUCCAAACGACAGGCAUCCCAGAGAGAAAAAAAUCUCUAGACCGAGUACUGUCGAUAGCUUCUACCACAAACAGCGUCGAGUCACCUAUCGUCGGAUCUGUGGGAGAGAUAUUGUCAACUUGGAACCCUAUGAACAAUGCGCAUCCGAAUGAGACACCCGCAGAGAGGCUUCGCAGAGAAUCAACUGAAGCUGACGAGCGAUACAAAGCUAGUGUCCGCAGACUUGACGGUUUGCGCUGUCAGCUGGAAGAGAAGAUGGUCGAUAACUUGAAAUUCAUGGAACGAUGCGAAUUAGAUAGGCUAAAGGCUAUCAAGGCAGUGAUCCUGGACUUCUCUGGAGCCAUCAGCAACGCUAUACCCAGCCUCCAGAGUACUGUAGACAACAUGAUGCUCUAUCAAGAAACUGUUCAACCUAUGGGGGAUCUCAGGUAUCUGCUAGAAAAUUAUCGCACAGGGGCUUUCGUACCACGGGUACAGGUCUAUGAUAAUUACUAUAACACAGUGGACGAGCAGACAUUCGGAGUAGACCUGGAAGCCCGGGCACGAGCUGACAGGAAGCGUGUACCAAUAAUAGUCACCACGAUCCUCACUUUCCUGGACAACCAUUACCCCGAUCUCGAGGGAGAUGAGGCCCGUCGUGGCAUUUGGCUUGUUGAUGUGCCCCUUGCGGCAACGCACCAUCUCCGGAACGCCAUCAACACAGGCAAAGCCAUUCCGCGUGAGGUUUUAGAGAGAUACGAGAUACCCAUCGUUGCAAGCGCAUUGAAACUAUACCUCCUCGAAUUGCCCGACUCCCUUGUUUCUUCACAGGUUUACGAAAUUAUAAAAACCAUAUACUCAACUCCCGACUCCUCCACUUCCGCUCAAACUCGGAUUUCGGUCCUCCAGAAUACCCUCGGCCAAUUACGCCUUGCCAAUAUUGCCACCCUUGACGCCCUGACCACACACUUCACCCGCCUCAUCGAGCUCACUUCAGCAGACGAACCUUACAUCUCAUCACUCGCCAGCAAUCUAGCACCCUGCAUUCUGCGGCCUCGCUCUGAGAACUCACUGACCAUGCACGAAAGACAUUCUUACCGGCUCAUACGGGAUCUUUUUGCACACAAGGAAGAGAUCUUCGGCGAACUCAAACGAGCAUCCACUCUCUCGCAUACGCCCAGUGGUGGCGCUGCUUCUAAUGCUUCUCGCAUGAGAGCCAUCAGUACAGAUGAAAGCAAUCGCCGCGCUAACAUGGAAGCACGUAAUCGAGCAAUAGCGUCCAAGUCGAGGAACAGCAGUCCAGCACCCCAUGCGAAUGGGCGGAGUCAUCGGAGAGACCGAUCCAGUGAUCCGCCAGCGACCAGAUUUCCAAUCCAAACAAGCUCACCUACCGUUGGUGACGCACCUCGAAGAGGUGUACGAGCUAGCUUAGAUGUUCCAUCCGACGAUGGCUCGUCGCCGGUGGUCGAGAGGCAAGCUAAGCAAAACAGUGUCAGCAACAUGAUCAAUAACAUUAACAAUACCUCCAAGCCCAUUCCUGAGGAUCCACCUCACGUUCCAGACCCCAAUUAUGAGAAAAUUAACUCCAGCUAUGUCCCAUCAUCAGAAGAUACUAACGGCGGAACAACCUUCGCUGAAAAUCGCGAGUCUUUGGGCCGGAGCAGUCGCUUCCCACCCAGGAAACAAGGGACGGCCGGAAGCUUGAAUCGGUCUGGCGGUGGAAACAGAAACAGUUUGGAGACGGGGAACAGACAUAGCCUGGAACCCGAAAGUGGUGCCGGAAAUACGGAGAGGCAUGGAGUUCAGUUGAGCGAUAAGCCCAUGGAUGAUUGA